UAUUCCAAUUUUAUAAAGUAAAUUAGUAAAUUAGUUUCAUAGCUAAGAAUAUAUUUGCUUUUAUCUUUAUUUAACCUUUCUUUAAAGUAAUAUUACAUUUGAAGAGUAUCCAAAUCCCUUUUUCAUCGAAAUUGGAAACAGACACGCAGAUCGAACGCGAGAAGAGCAGAUCAGCGCUCCACGGGCGGGGAUCCUAUCAUUAGCAUGAAAAUCCCUGCAAGGCCACGCAACAGUACAUUAUUCUAAAUGAAAAUCUGACUACAAGAUGUUCAAAAUGCAAAGAGAAGAAAAGCAACUGGAUUCUGCUUUGGAGGCUAUUAUUAUGAGAGUAAACGAUUUGAAAACAGCAAUUGCUGCAAUGAUAUUUAAAUUAGAACAUGAAUAUGAAACAUUAAAUUGGCCUAAUUUUCUUGAUAAUUUUGCACUUAUUUCAGGACAUCUAACUAGUCUUUCAAAAAUCCUUGGACAUGAUAAAGCACCAAAUUUGAGAAAUUUAACAGUUUUACCAUUGCGGUUAAGUCCAGAGAAGGAUGAAGAAUUACUUCGCCUAACUGAAGGUAGAAUUCCCACAUUUGCUCAUGAUUUAGUACCAGACUAUCUACGAACUAAAGUGGAACCUCAAGCUGAACAAAAAAUGAUGCAGCUUGAAGCAAAAGCUGCAAAUUUAAAUUAUGAAACAUCGCAUGACUGCAAUAAACAAGUGGCUCAGUAUACAAAAGUUAUUAAUCAUGUAUGGGAUAUAGCAAAUAAAGCACGCGAAGAAUGGGAAAGUGAAGCUGGGUCUAGAGCAACUCAAGCGCAGACUAGUAGUACGGCAGACACUCAUGCUCUUGUAGCAGCUGUGGGUAUGGGUAAAGGUUUAAAGUCUGAUUCUGUCCAAAUGGUUCAGUCUGGUGUAAAUUCGGUACCUAGUGGAAUGAUGGUAGGUAGGCCUGGAAAUCAACAAACUUCAGGACAAGGAUCUCUAGGAAAUCAAUCUAUGGGACAAAUGAGUAAAGCUCCAAGUGCAAUCAAAACUAAUAUUAAAGCAGCAUCACAAAUCCAUCCAUACAGAUAA